AUGUCUCUGAGGCUGAGACACCACAGCAGAGGCAUAGUGCAGCAGGACAAUGCAAACUAUGAAGUGGGUGCAGGCGAUGCAGACUCAAGCUGUUCCUCAGGCCAGUCCACCUCCUCCAGGUCAAGCAAGGGAUACAGCAGUAGGACCGGCAGCAGGGAAGACUCUCAGGGGUCAUGCACCCAGUCAGACUACAAGGAGGAGGCUGACACUACUGCAAAUAGGACCCUUUCCCUCUCACCAAACAAGAAGCCAGGUCUAAGCACGAAGACAGCGAAAGCACGAACUCAAAACAAGGGAGGGCAGUGGUGCAAAAAGAAGAAAAACACUCUUUCAAGGAACCACAAGGCCUCUCGCUUCCCUCCAAUCAAGCCCCUGCAGGGCUCAAACCAGCGCAUCAGUUCUGCCCACAGGCACCACAUCAAGGAACUCAACAGCCAAUUGUGGGAGCUACAGCAGCAGCUGAGUGGUGUCGCCACAGAGAACAAGUUGCUAAAACAGCUCCAGGGCCGCCAGACGGUGGCGCUACAGCGCUUCCAGGAUUCACAGAGUGGCCUUCCCCAGGUUCUGGCCAAGCACGGCAACGAGGUGCGCGCUCUGCAGGAGCUCCAGCGUAAAGCCCGCAACCGCCGCAACUGUCUAUCCAGGCGUCUGAGGGGCACAGAGGAGGAGCUGCUGCGCACCAAGGACGCUCUGCACCGGCUGCAGCUGCUCAGCAAGGACCGCAGCCUGGUAGAGAGGGAAGAGCUGAGCCAUAGGCUGGCCCUGAUCACUGUGGACCUACACAGGAAGAACAAGAGGAUACAGGCUCUGUGCCAAUUUGAACUAGAAUAUGCCUGUUCACUCCAGCAUCUGAAGUUGGAGAAGCAGAAGAGUUUGAGCUGGGAGUCCUUUGCAAUCGGCUUCCCAGACAGAAGUGACACAGCAGACACGUUAGUGGAUGACAGAGGAUCAUACGAUAAUGAACACUUUGCUGAUGAUGGAGAGCUGCAUGGUGAUUAUGACAAGGAGGAUCCACAACUUCAGGGUGAGGAGUAUUGCAUUGCAGAGGAGGCAGAGAGUUCCCUGAAGGCUUCAGAAGGAGAGCAAACAGAGCCAUUUGAAAGCCAGGUCCGGUACACUCUGGAUGACUUUCUGAAUACAGAACGUGCCAACAAGGCCCUCGAAUCCCCUCCCAGGACCAAGCGCCUCUACACAUUCAAAGAAACCAUCCAGAACCUACACAGUGGGAAGCCUGCCUAUGCCAGCCAUAGCCAAAGCCUGAGAAAAAGCCCUCCUAAAUACAUCAAGAGCCAGGCCAGGGUGGAGAACCUGGGGUCUAGAGCGUAUGAGCCCUCUGUCACUCUACCAGCAGAGAAGUGCCAAAGGCGUGACACCAUGGACCCUCAACCGGAAGAUGGCGUAGUCCGCAGCAAGAAGAGCAUCUUGAUGAAAGAGCUUUUUGGCCAGGCCCCAAUCACUGAUCCAAAUGGCCAUGCAGACAGGCAGAUCCAGUUCAAAGCACAGACCUGAACAGAAUGUCCUCUUACCAUACAGGAGACGCUAGCCCGGUCUCACCUGGGAGACCAAGAUAAUUUUUUAUUGACCCAAGAAGUAUACAAAAUGAUAAUCUAUUUUUAUAAUUUGAUAAUUUAUUUUAAUAAAUAUUUUAUCUGCCAUGGCAAC